GAGAAACCAAAUCAAAAGAAAAAAAAAAAGAGAGAGUAAACAUGUCUUCGAAUCACUUAACCUCUUCAUCUCAAGUCUUCCAAGAACAUUCCAUCUCGAGAAAAAUGCUUCAGCAACAAGCUUAUGUACCUGGCAAGAACACCUUGAGCGGCAACGUUCUCCUUAUUCUAUCUGUCCUUGUCUGCGGUAUCAUCUGCUCACUCGGGUUGCACUACGUAAUCCGUUGCGUGUUCAGACGUCACUCGAGUUUCUUGAUCUCUGAUCCCAUCUCAAGCCCGUCCACACCAGAAGCAAGCAAAGGCAUCAAGAAGAAAGCUCUCAAGAUGUUCCCUGUAGUGAAAUACAUAUCCGAGAUGAACCUCUUAGGGCUUGGCGAAGAGUGUGUUAUUUGUUUGUCUGAUUUCGUAGCUGGUGAACAGAUACGGUUGCUUCCUAAGUGCAACCACGGGUUUCAUGUUCGUUGUAUCGACAAGUGGCUUACGCAACAUAUUACUUGUCCGAAAUGCAGACACUGUCUAGUUGAGACAUGCCAAAAGAUCUUAGGCGAUGAAGCUGCAUCAACACCAAGAGAAAGCAUAGAUAUAAGGAUUACUCCUCUAGAACCUGAAGCAAGAGUAAACACUUUUAGAGAAAGCAGCUAGAGACUAUGCCAACAGACAACUGGAUUUUAAGAAUUUGGUUCUUCUUUUUUUUUAGAUUUGAACAUAGAUUACGUAAAGCAAAAAAAAACAUAGUUUAUGUAUCUAGCCGUAGGAUUCAAAUCAAAUACAAUGAAGCUUUUAUUUUUCCAUGAAGCCCAAAAUGUUACAAAGUUUGGAAAAAAAAUCUGAAUUUUGG